UAGCCGGUGAAAUCCAGCUGGCGCAUGCGCAGAGCAGCCCUGGUACCGGUCCUGAUCGCCAGAACCCGCAGCUCGUCCCUCAACAUGUUCAGAGCAGCCGUCCGACUCUCGCUCUCCGGUGCCCGGAGUCUAGCCCGCACGCAGCAGGGCAGCCGAGCUGUUUUGGCCCAAAGGUGUUACUCACAUGGGAAAGAGGAGACCGAUGAGGAGUUUGAUGCCCGCUGGAUCACUUAUUUCAGCAAGCCUGAUAUUGAUGCAUGGGAACUGAGAAAGGGGAUGAACACAUUGAUCGGGUAUGACCUGGUACCCGAGCCAAAGAUCCUGGAUGCGGCACUGAGGGCCUGUCGGAGAUUGAAUGACCUGGCCAGUGCACUUCGAAUUUUGGAAGCGGUGAAGGACAAGUCUGGGCCUCAUAAAGACAUCUACCCAUACCUGAUCCAGGAGCUGCGGCCAACAUUAGACGAGCUUGGCAUCCCUACACCUGAAGAGCUUGGCAUGGACAAAGUUUAAUUAAAUCUAGUGAUGGAGAACACACCCAGAACACAACACCGUUAUAUUUAAAUGUUUGCAUCAACAUGUGCACGUUAUUUAAUUUGGCCUUUAUUAAGUUCUUUUACUUGUAAAAUAUGGAUGAACGUAAUAAAGGAAAUGUAUCUUUGAGUGUCACAAGUAUACUGGAAUAAUUGCUCCACAGUUUGAGGACCUGUUGUUGCAUUAAUCGUCAUUUAGUGAAAGCAAACGUCACUGGCAGUGAUGUUUGGCCACCAGGGAGCAGCAUAGCCACACGAAUGUAAAAAAGAGAGAAAUAAUUCUGCUGGACUGAGUCUGUGUUGUCAUAUGUCUUCAUUUCAGGGAAAAUUGAGUUGCUUAUAAAAUAAAUGUGUUCAAAUGCAAA